UUCAAUUCAUGCCACUGCCAUGGCCAAAGUCAACGGAACUUGCGACUCUCGCUUCACAGCAGUGAAGGACCUCCUCCAAGCCAACAUCGACGCAGGCGAAGAACUGGGAGCCUCCCUCGUCGUAAACGUCAACGGCGAGAACGUGGUCGAUAUCUGGGGCGGCUACGCGGAUACCGCCAAAUCCAAGCCCUGGGAGGAGAACACCAUCACCAAUGUCUGGUCCAGCUCCAAGACCGUCGUCAGUCUCGCAGCUCUUCUGCUCAUCGACCGCGGACUCCUCGACCCGUUCGAGAAGGUAUCCAAGUACUGGCCUGAAUUCGGCGCCAACGGAAAGCAAGACGUCCAAGUUCGCCAUUUCCUCUCGCACUCGUCCGGCGUCUCCGGCUGGCAAGACCCUAUCACCAUCCCAGAAUUCUGCGCCAUCGAAUCUGCCACUGCGCGCCUCGCCGCCCAAGCUCCAUGGUGGACACCAGGCAGCGCCUCCGGCUAUCAUGGAAUCACCAUGGGUCACCUGAUCAACGAACUCAUCCAGCGUAUUACCGGCACUUCCAUCGCCGACUUCGUCACCACGCAGCUCGCUACCCCUCUAGCCGCAGACUUCAGGUUCGGCGUCCCACAAUCCGAAUACGCGCGCGUCGCGACCAUCGUGCCUCCGCCCGCGCCCACGAACUGGGGCCGCGAGGCCACGAGCAUCGAUGCAAACAGCAUCUUCGCCCAGACGAUGCGCAAUCCCAGAAUGGACGCCGAGGUCGCAAACCAGGAUUUCUGGCGCCAGGCGCUGGUGCCCGCCGCGAACGGGUACUCGAAUGCGCGCGGCAUUGCGAGGAUGCUGAGUUUUGUGAGUUGCGGUGGGACUGUGGGCGAGACGCAGCUGCUCCGGCCUGAGACUGUGGAUCUCAUCUUCGACGAGCAGACUAACGGCCCUGAUCUUGUUAUCAGCGUGCAAACGAGGUUUGGCAUGGGGUUUGGGCUCAGUGGCGUUGCAGAUGGGGGCGCGGGGUCCUGGAUUCCGGAAGGGAGGAUUUGUUUCUGGGGGGGCUGGGGAGGGUCAAUGGUUUUGUGUGAUGUUGGGAGGGGCGUGACGAUUACGUAUAUGAUGAACAAGAUGCAUAACGUGGGACUGGGGAGUGGGCUGGCGAAGGAGUAUGUUUGGGAGAUUUAUAGGGCACUUGGGGUGGAGGUACCAGACAAGCCGAAGGUAUGAGCAUCGAUACUUCCCUGAAUGGCAGUGAUGACCAAGAUUGCG